ACUCUGAGGUGUUUCGCAAACAGGUGUUGGAGAUUACAUCCAUAUAAUGGAUUUGGCUGAAGGACAUGUUGUUGCUCUUGAGAAUAUUCUGCAGACAUCUUCUGUGGAUCGAUUCAAUGUGUUCAAUUUGGGUACUGGAAGAGGCUACUCCGUUUUAGAGGUGAUCAAUGCAUUCAGUGAGGUGAGCGGAAGACAAAUAAACUACAGAUUUGUAGGGAGGCGCGAUGGAGAUAUCGCUGUCUCUUAAUGCUCGCCUAAUCUUGCAAAAGAAACUCUUGGUUGGACAGCUAAGCGAGACCUGAAACAAAUGUGUAAGUUGAUUCAAUUCAAUAAUUAUCAUCAUUAAAAUUCAGUUUACAAUUUUGGUUCACAAUUUUGUUUAUGUAUUUACAUAGUCCAUACACACUGAGUUCUUUCUAAAGGCGGCCAUUAGUAUGAACGAUUUAGAACAAAAAUAUAGUUGUAUCCAAUGUUUGAUUCCAUUACGAACUGCUUGUUAAAUAAUCACUUUUGAACAAUUAAUUACGACAUAGCAGUCAGGUAUUUAUAAAUAAAAGCUAUUAGCUUCUACUCACAUUAGUGUAGCGCUUUCGGACACUAGGCCCUUCAUCAACACUGGCUGUUAAUUCCGUUGUUGAAUACAUAUGGUUAGUAAGCAGCGUGGGUUGUGGGAGUGGCGGGAUUUUU